AUGAUACCGCAACGUACACUGCCCGCAUCGCGCCUGGCCAACGGCAUGGUCACCUCGUCCAACCCAUCUCGCGCAUAUUCUUUCGUCAAGCUCGCCAUCGUGGCCCUCACCGCCGUGCUCCACCUCGUCGUGCCCGUCCUCGCCGCACCCUUUUCGUCUGCAUCGACGCUCUCCCUCAAUGCGCCUAACCAGCCGGCAUACUCGGCGUCUCGCCACAGCCAUGAAGACGACGACCCGGUGAGCGACAACCCGUUCAAACUCGCCAUCGACAUCCUCACCAUCGCGGCGCUCGUCGUGCUCGGCGGCAUCUUUGCCGGCCUCACCCUCGGUCUCAUGGGCCUCGACAUGGUCAACCUCCAGGUGUUAGCCUCCUCCGGCUCCGAAAAGGAGCGAAAGCAUGCGUCCAAGGUGCUCAAGCUCCUCGAAAAGGGCCGCCACUGGGUGCUCGUCGUGCUGCUGCUCGGCAAUGUCAUCGUCAACGAGACGCUCCCCGUCUUCCUCUCCGACUUUGGAGGCGGAAUCGCCGCCGUGCUCACCUCCACCUUCCUCAUCGUCGUGUUUGGCGAGAUCGUGCCCCAGAGCAUCUGUGCGCGCUACGGCCUCGCCAUCGGUGCGUUCUGCGCGCCCAUGGUGCACGCCACCAUGAUCAUCCUCGCGCCCAUCGCCUGGCCCACCGCAAAGCUGCUCGACUGGUGCCUCGGCGAGGAGCACGGCACCACCUACCGCAAGGCAGAGCUCAAGACCUUCGUCUCGCUCCACCAGCAGAUCGGCACCGAGCAUCUGCACGAGGACGAGGUGACCAUCAUCCGCGCCGUGCUCGAGCUCAACGACAAGACGGUGCGCGACGUCAUGACGCCCAUCGAAGACGUAUUCAUCAUGUCCAGCGACACCAUCCUCGACGACGACGGCGUGGCCAAGCUCGUCAAGUCCGGCUACUCGCGCGUGCCCAUCCACGAGCCGGGCAAGAAGGACGCCAUCGUCGGCAUGCUCCUCGUCAAAAACCUCAUCCAGUACGACCCGGAAGAUGCGCAGGCCGUGUCGAGCUUCCACCUCACGCCGUUGCCCGAGGCGAGCACCGACCUGACGCUGCUCGACUGCCUCAACUACUUCCAGCAGGGCCGCUCGCACAUGAUCCUCGUUUCCACGCAUCCGGGCGAGUCGCGCGGUGCGCUUGGCGUCGUGACGCUCGAAGACGUGAUCGAAGAGAUGAUCGGCGAGGAGAUUGUCGACGAGACGGACAUCUACGUCGACGUGCACAACAAGAUCAAGGUGGUCCGCAACAGGCAGACGAACAAUACGCCGGGGCAGAACUGGCAGCCUUUGAUUCGCGGCAUUAUCGAGCGACGUCGCAAGCUCGGUGGACCCAUGAAGGCACCGCUGCGUAGCAGCUAUGGUACGAUUGGGAUUAUGGAUCAUGAUGGCGGGGCAAAGAGUGAUCACAAGUACGGUAUUCCGAGUGCGAACAUUCGUGCGGUGGAUAAGGUGGCGAUUAAACGCACGGGGUCGCCGCAGUCGAUGGCGAGUGCAUCGCGCAAGAAUUCGGGCACCUACGAGCCAAAUGCCCCCCUCCGCCGCACGAGCACCUCGAGCGUGGUCACCUCGAUCGACGGUCUUAAUUACCAGGAUCUUCAUCGCGCCGUGGUUCAACAGGGCUCGGGCAGUGCCCAGAACUCGUAUUCGGAACCGUACAUCGUCGAGGUGGGAAGCCAGGAUCGCCAGCCGCACAUUGUGCGCAUCUCGGAUAUUCAGGAGUAUCCCGGUGCAGAAGAACGCGCCAGGAAGGACGACGAAAGACGCAAUCAGCAAGACGGCGAUGGAGAGGCAAACGGCAGCACAGACGACGGCGAAAGACGGCCUCUGCUAGACCGCAAAAAGUAG